GCGGGCGGCGCGGGCCUGGGAGGGGCGCCCGCAGCCAGCCGCGCAGCAUGCACUGGGGGGUUGGCUUUGCCUCGUCCAGGCCGUGCGUGGUGGACCUGAGCUGGAACCAGAGCGUCUCCUUCUUCGGCUGGUGGGCCGGGUCCGAGGAACCUUUCUCCUUUUAUGGGGACAUCAUCGCUUUCCCUUUGCAGGAUUACGGUGGGAUCAUGGCAGGGCUGGGCUCCGAUCCCUGGUGGAAGAAAACACUUUACUUGACCGGGGGAGCUUUGCUGGCCGCAGCUGCGUAUCUGCUCCACGAACUCCUGGUCAUUAGGAAACAGCAAGAGAUUGACUCCAAAGAUGCUAUUAUUUUGCAUCAGUUUGCAAGACCUAACAAUGGUGUCCCCAGUUUGUCUCCUUUCUGUUUGAAAAUGGAAACUUACUUAAGGAUGGCCGACUUACCCUAUCAGAAUUAUUUUGGUGGAAAACUUUCUGCUCAAGGGAAAAUGCCUUGGAUUGAAUAUAAUCAUGAAAAAGUUUCUGGCACAGAAUUCAUAAUUGACUUUCUGGAAGAGAAACUUGGAGUGAAUUUAAACAAAAACCUUGGCCCUCAUGAAAGAGCCAUCUCCAGAGCAGUGACCAAGAUGGUGGAGGAGCACUUCUACUGGACGUUAGCUUAUUGCCAGUGGGUGGACAAUCUCAAUGAGACCCGGAAGAUGCUCUCUCUUAGUGGUGGCGGUCCCUUCAGUAACCUGCUGAGGUGGGUCGUGUGCCACAUAACGAAAGGAAUUGUGAAACGCGAGAUGCACGGCCACGGCAUUGGCCGCUUCUCAGAGGAAGAGAUUUACAUGCUGAUGGAGAAGGACAUGCGGUCCUUGGCAGGGCUUUUGGGUGAUAAGAAGUACAUCAUGGGGCCCAAGCUUUCUACUCUUGAUGCCACUGUCUUCGGACACUUGGCACAGGCAAUGUGGACCUUACCUGGGACAAGACCUGAGCGGCUGAUCAAAGGUGAGCUGAUCAACCUUGCCAUGUACUGUGAGAGGAUAAGGAGGAAAUUCUGGCCCGAGUGGCACCACGAUGAUGACAACACCAUCUAUGAGUCUGAGGAGAGCAGCGAGGGCAGCAAAACCCACACGCCCCUGCUGGAUUUCAGCUUUUACUCAAGGACAGAGACCUUUGAAGAUGAGGGAGCAGAGAACAGUUUUUCCAGAACCCCAGAUACAGAUUUCACUGGACACUCGCUCUUUGAUUCUGACGUGGACAUGGAUGACUACACAGACCACGAACAGUGCAAGUGAUGUUCAGCCUCGCUGACCCUCUUCUGCUAGAGCUGCCACUCCCUGGGGUUGGCCCGACGUCCUGGGUAGAAAUCCAUCUCAGCUGGGAGGAGAUCUUCGUGCUCGGCACACUUCUCACAAGCUAACUGGACUAUAGCAGCCUUAUUUCUUUUUGUACAAAACAAAAACACAGAACCAUUCAGAUGGCUCCAUUUAAAACAAACAGGCAAAAAAAAAAAAAAAAAAAAAAAGAGUCAGCAUGGUUCCUGAAAUCCAUUUUUGUUUUCAUUAGAAAACUAACAUUCUGUGGUAGAGCAGGUGCCAGAGCAGGUUGUCUAUGGAUCGUGUUUACGUAGAUCCUCUUCAACCGGAGGGCUCAGCUGUGAGAUGGAGUCUUGAACAUCCUGUAUCCACCUGGGUUCAGAGUCAAUGAGACAAGUCACCAGGAGAAAUGUAGGAGACAGAUGUUCUAUGGUGGCUGCUUGUAUUUUAUUUGUGUAUAUUGUAUGUUGAGAUAAUUCAAAUAAAAUCCAUAGAUAUUCAGUGAACACCUACUACGUGCAAAGCACUGUGUUAGGUGCUAAUCAGUAUAAGUUUUCUUUGUCCUGCCAGUGACUAGCUGUGUGAUUUCGGGCAAGUCCCUUAAUUCUUGUGUGCCUCAUUUCCCCCACCUGUAAGGUGGGGAUACCAAUACUCUCCACCUACCUACCUCACAGGGGUGUUGUGAGGAUUCACGUGGUAACAUUCGGCGCUUUAAACCUCUUGGAAGGGGUGUGACAUAAACGCAACAUUUUCUUCUUGAUUGUGCUUCCGACGUAUGAAGAUUCGAGGGCAGAGGAAUUCCAUAUCCAGCCAACAGCAGCCACAGUCGACUCGCAAAAGCCGAGCAGACGAAACAUGCAAAGGCACAGCUAGGACUCUGUCAUCGUUCUUCCCUGUGAUCUUGCUUGAAUCGAAAUCUUUUGUUGAAAGAGCCUUGAAAAAUAUUUUUACAGAUCAUCAACAGCUACACACAGUCUUCAAUUCUGUGGACCUGCAGAAGUCUUUCUUUUGUUGCCUGAACGCACACUGGAAUGUCGUCCUUUGUUGACUCCCGAGUGUUAAGUUGCCUGUGUUCGGUUUAUUUGAAGGGAAUAAAGCUCAGGAAUAUGAUAGGUUUCUUAGGGGUGAAGGGGAAGGUAUUUGACUGAUUUUUCUAAGCAGUCGCUUACCAACAUGUAAUGUCUUUUUGAAAACAAACCUUGCAAGAAGUAUUGAAAAGAUGAAGUAUGAAGAGGAUCCUGUUACUGAUAUCAAAGCACUUUGUGCAGUGUAGACUCUAUGCAGUUUUACUAAUGCAACCUUUCUGGUGUUCUCAGCCAUUGCCCCGUGAGAGGAAGGCAAUGCUGAGGACAAAUCUUAAUAUUUCUUAAGGAUUUCCCAUAGUCUCCCUGUGCUCCCUCUCCUUCCCCGUAGAGCACAUGGAUCCUUGGGGUUACUCUAUUUACCAAGGCAUCUCUGAAGACAUUAUUUUUGUUGACUUAAAACAUUUUCCAGUGAAAUAUGGGGUGAAGAUGCUGGGGUGAUGGCCGUGGAUUUGGGCUAGGAGGGUCGGUGUUAAGAUUUACUACUGCAAACAGAACUGCUUUGCUUCCGAUCACAAUGGACUCACUGGGUAAUGGUUAUUCAUUGUAGGGCCAAAGACGCACUGCUUAAAAGACAGCAACUUGUGCUGAGAAGUUCACAUACUUUGCUUGAAAAAGACUCUCUUUGAAUAUGGCUUUUGCAAAAACAACCCUAAAAUGCGGUGGAUUCACAAAGAGGUAAAGGGGGAGAGUUGCUGAGGCCGCUUACCAUUGAAGCAACUGUGUGGGAUAUAUGUAACUGGGAAGAAAUGUGGAGAUGCCCUGAGUUAGAAAUUCUUGUUGCACAGGAAACCCAAUUGGUAGUAUCUUAUUAAAACCUUUCAUCUUCCA